CUUCCAAGCAGAGCUCGCUUUGCCCCCGCUGCGCGCCAGGCAGCGGAUAUUAAAGCCCAAAGACAACUUAGAAAUUGCUCCUGAUUUUAGCAGCAAACCGGACUCCGGAACAGGAGGGAAAUUCCCCUGGGAUCCCAAAGGCAGCUACUUGGCAAAUGCAACUUCAAAGGCAGCAACAACAACUUCUGCCACCUUGCUGGAUGCUGCCAAUUCGAGCGACUACCCGUAUGAGUACUUGGAUGAGGAGGAGUACGCACAGUAUGGUCUCUGCACGAAAGAGGAGGUGCUCACCUUCAGCAGGGUAUUCUUGCCAUCUUUUUACACUGUGAUCUUCCUGAUCGGGUUGGCCGGGAAUCUUCUCCUGUUUGUUGUCCUCAUUAUGUACAUCAAGAAGAAGAAGAAGAUGACUGAGGUGUAUCUGCGGAACCUGGUGGUUUCAGACUUCUUCUUGCUACUAACCCUUCCUUUUUGGGCUCUGUACGUUUCUCAGGGGGUGGUCUGGGACAAGCUGUGCCCCGUCUUAAACGCUACGUACACUGUGAAUUUCUACAGUGGUGUCUUUGUUGUGAGCUGCAUGAGUCUGGACAUGUAUCUGCAGAUAGUUCAUGCUUGCUCUACUCGCAGCUCCGUGACACGGAGGAAAUCCAUCCUCGUCUUAGUGGUGGUAUGGGUCCUUUCCAUACUCCUCUCCGUUCCUGAUGGCCUCUUCACCAGCACGAGGCAAAUCCACAACAAAACCAUUGUGUGCACCCAUGAUUAUGGCCAGAAACACUUAUUUUGGAAAGUUGUCUUUCGGGUCAUUCAGAACAUCCUGGGUUUCCUUUUUCCCUUCCUCUUCAUGGUGUUCUGCUAUUCCCGCAUUGCGUGUGUCCUCACCAUGUCUCAGAUGCCUGGCUCACAGAGAGCACUCUGCUUUGUCUUUACUCUGGUGAGUGUCUUCUUUGUCCUCUGGUCCCCUUACAACGUUGUCCUCAUCCUCCACUCCCUGCAAGACGCCGGUGUGAUCAGCAGCUGUGAAAGCAGCAGGCGACUGGACUAUGCCAUGCAGAUCACGGAGAGCUUGUCCUUUGUCCACUGCUGUCUCAACCCCUUGCUCUACGCUUUUGUGAAAAAACAAUUCCGGUUCUAUUUACGGAAGAUCCCUCAGGCUAUUUUCAGGAGAAGCGCUUUCUUUGACAUCCAGCCCUCAGAGACAAGCCAGUCUUGCAGCAGAUACACAGCUGAGGUGGAAAUGUUGAGCAUCACAACUGCAUGA